AAAGGGAGAGAGAGGGAGAGGGGAAGAGCUGGGGACGCUGUGGCUAUUACUGCCGACCACCGAGGGACAGGGGAAGAGACGGAGGAGAAGAUGAGAAGCACACGCCGAGAGCCGCGGGAUGUCCCGUUGCAAUGUGCAGCUUGGAAAUGACAAGUUGGGGGAAUCCUGGGCAGCCCCAAGCAGCAGUGUAGAGGGCUCUGUGAUCAAACAGCCCCCGGGAGGCUGGGACAGCUCUCUCUGUCUCUGUCUCUGUCUCUGCUCCUUGCCCAGUGGACAGGGGGUUUGGGAGAGAGAGCUGUGUGUGUGUGUGUGUACUGGAUAGAGCUGGAGGCUGGAUACAGGCUGUAUUCCAGGAGCGGACCCAGAGACUGAAAGCGAAGUGAGAGAGCCAGCUACCUGCACGAUGCUGCUCCCCACCAUCUCCCUCCUCCUGAGGCUUCUCGAUUAUGUCCUCACCAAUGAAAUUCCAACUCAAGAUGGCUGCCUGUCCGCACUCGCUCAGUGCAAGUUGGAUCCCGGGUGCAUCCCGAAAUUUCGCAUCUUGUGGCGGUGCGCAGCUCAUCAUGGGGUUGAGCCCUUCCAGCUGGCUGCCAGGAACGAUUGCCUGAUUGCUGCCCUCGCUCUUCAAUCCAAUCAGCUCUUCACGUGCAAGUGCCAAAGAGGGAUGAAGAAGGAGAAGAAUUGUCUACGGAUUUACUGGACCAUGCACCAAAGCCACGUCACUGGUUACGAUGAUUUGGAAGCAUCACCCUAUGAGUACUCAAUGCCUGGUCCAUCCUGGGGCUUGGACUACGGUAGACAUGCCUCUUUGGUGUCAGAAGGACCCAAAGUUCAAGCACUUUCCAAUGUUAACCAUUGCUUAGACGCUGCUCAAGCGUGCAAUGUCGAUGAGACUUGUAAACUGUUCCGCACCGAAUAUGCCAAGAACUGCCUCAAACCGGCCAACAGGCAUGGCUGCAACAGACCUAAGUGUCGCAAAAGUCUUCGUCGCUUCUUCAACUUUGUGCCAGAGGAGUAUAAAUACCCAUUCCUCUUCUGCCCGUGCGACGACAGUGUAUGUGCCGAGCGUAGACGCCAGACCAUUGUCCCGAGCUGUUCCUUUGAGGAACCUGAUAAACAAAACUGCCUGGGUCUGAAGGACGCGUGUGAGGCGGAUUCCAUUUGCAAAGCCCGACUGGUGGACUUUCAGAUUAACUGCCAACCAUCCAAGAAAUCUGCCAGCCACUGUUUCCUAGAGAAUUAUAACGCUUGCCUCCAGUCUUACACCGGCCUCAUUGGCACUGCCCUAACACCAAACUAUGUGAGUAACACCAGCUUCGACAUCUCUAUAUGGUGCACAUGUGUCAACAGUGGGAACCAACAUGAAGAGUGUGAGACCCUACUGAACCUUUUCACAAGCAACGACUGUCUCAGAAAUUCUAUAAAUUCAUACAUCAGCUCUUUGCCGUUUCAUCUAUCAGACAGCAAGCAGCCCGCACUAACGUCCACUCAACAGUUCUACUUCAAGUUCCCAGACAAAGAUGGGUCGCGUGUUGAUGACAAAUUAAACAAGAACGAGGACUGCGAUUCUGGAGGCAAUCUCAAGAUUUCUCAGGAUAAGUUGCUGCCUGGACAAAUUACUAAUUGCAAGGUGAAUUCGGGAGCUGCUACCCAGAGCUUCUCUAUAGCUUGCACCAUCACGUCACUCUAUAUCUUCAUGGCCACUACAGGGAACGCCAUUUGAAAGGACAUAACCAAGACUUUAUAACAAGACAGAAGUGGACACCUCUUUUUCGCAAGCUCCCUCAUAAAUACAAUAGCUUCGAAAAGAAAACAAACGCUUGAGAUACAACUUGAACUGAGAAAAUAGUUUGUUGAAAUAUUCAGCGACUGGUCUUCUUGCAUUAAUUGGAAAUAGAGUGCAUUUAUUUCACUGCACCAUAUCAGUCAUCAGCGUAUGGUUCACUAAAGUAUAUAACAAACCAUAAUCUCUUCACAUUAAUUUCCAUCACAGCCGACAAGAAUGUAAUGAAGUAGGUGGAUCUACUGACAAACAUUUUCCUUUUCCGGUUACUUCCCUCCUUUAGUGCAGUUUUGGAAAGAAUAUGUUAGCACAGCCAGUGAUUACACUCAGGUCACUCAACACUCCAGUUCCGUGGAAAAUAGGGCUGUUUGUCUUUCAUUUGGACCACAUCAAUGUGGGAGUACAGGUGUUAUAUUUUAGUGAUUUAUUUUCCAUUAGUUAGGGCAGCUCAGUGGUUAGCACUGCUGCCUCACAAUGUCAAGGACCCAGGUUUGAUUCCAUUCUUGGGUGACUGUCUGUGUGAAGUUUGCACAUUUGCCCCGUGUUUGUGUAGGUUUCCUCUGGUUUCCUCCCACAAUCCAAAGAUAUGCAGUUUAGAGUGAAUUGGUCAUAUUAAAUUGCUUAUAAUGUCUAGGAAAGUGCAGGGUAGGGUGGUUCAGCCAUUAUAAAUGGUUCAUAGUAUCCAGGGAUGUGCAAGCGAGGUGGGUUAGCCAUAGGAAAUGCAGGAUUAUAGAGAUAGGGUUGGGUCUGGCUGGGAUGCUUUUCAGAGGGGUCAAUGUGGACUUGGAUGGACCAAAUGACCUGCUUCCUCACUGUGGGGAUGCUAUGGUUCUAAACUGGAAUUCAAAAGUACUCAGUUCUCCUUUAAAUAAGAGAUUGGAGAGGUUUUGUAUCAUCUAAAAUAUCUCAUUGUGGGAUGUCACUUUUUCAGUUUAUGUUGUGUGUUUCAGCCUCUGAAAACUGUGAUGUGAUUGUGAUUAUUACUGUGCUGUUUCUCACAGGUGUCAUUGACACCAAUUAUACAAUGAAAGAUAGUUGCAAACUGAAUGAGACACAGAGAUAAUCUAAUACCUGUGUUAUAGUAAGUAGUUUGGGCCAUUUCAAAACUUGCAGCGAUUAAACUCAACAAACACCAUUCAUUGGUAAAUGAUGUGCUAAGUACUUCAUGUUAAAUCCAGCCCUGCAGUAGCUACAUAUUGUUGUUGAAGCAAUGAUCUGUAACUACUCAUCAAGCUGGUAUCGUAAGGUCACUCGUUCCAGUACUCCAUAGAUGUGGCUGACAAUUGUUCUGUUGUAGGAAAUGGUGGCAUUCCUUGUGUUGCAUACAUUUAAUGUUUAAGGAAUAAUCUGGCAAAACUACUUAUCUCAUUCAAGCGACCAAAAUGUCUCUUGCACUGUAUCAAAUGGCAGCUGCUGUGAUCUGGAAAUGGUAUGAGGAAACCACUGAGGUAAACAGAUGGGUGGACUGCAUGGCUGUGGUGAGCAAAUCAGUUUGAAAAGAAACAUAACUGUCAUAUAUAAUCUAUAUUUUAUCAGUAAUAAUAGAUUAGAUGAUUGUAAAACACCAGUCUAAUAUUUGGAUUCAAUUACCAUUCAUAAAUUCAUUGAAAUUUUUGUUUACAGCAUUGAGUUUCUUAGAACAUCUGAUUCACUGAUGGCGUUUCUCUGCAGCCAAACCAUCAGCAUUGCUUUACUGUAUACCCCAGAUAAGUAUUUAUCCCACAUGUUAAGCCUGUACUGUGAGAUUGAGCCAUAUACCUACUCUAGCUGUUAUCUAUCUUCAGGUGAUCGCAUUCUAUAUAUAAAGCUCGCAAAACUGUCAAUUGCACUUUGGUUUCUAAUUCACUCUUGGAUAUAUUGUUGUUCAAUGUUCAUCGAUGUCCCUCUAUUGUAUACCAAUCUUUCAAGUCACAUUCAAUUGCCCAGCAUUUCUUACAUGCCAUCUGAACCCCUUAAAUAGAUUCAUAUCUAUAUGUCCCUUAUUCAAUAUAAACCAUCUGAUUCCUUUGAUUGGAUAUCAUUCUGCAACUUAAUCCUGUAUCUGCCUUUGGACAUAUAAUCAAUCAGACCUCCCUCAAAUAGCUUUUAGAAUGAUCUCCCUGCACACAUUCUCCCCAUGCCUGUGUGAGUUUCCUCUGGGUGCUCAGGUUUCCCCCCACAGUUCAAAGAUGUGCAGGUUAAGGUGGAUUAGCCUUGCCAAAUUUCCCUAUGGUGUCCAGGGAUGUGCAGGCUAGCCAUGAGGAAGGCAGGGUUGCAGGGAAAUGGUGGUUGCUGUGGGUGGGAUGCUCUUCAGAGGGGCGCUGUGGACUCAAUGGGCUGAAUGGCCUGCUUUCACAUUGUAAGUAUUCCAUUAUGCUACAAUACUCUCAGAAUGUACAGCAUCCUGCCUAUAAGCUACGUAAACCUUACAAUUGCAACUAUAUUUAUGAUAUAAAUUCUCUUCUCAUUUGUACAGCAGGCAAAACAUUAUGUUCUGUGGAUCUUUGGGGGUCAAGAAAAGAUGAAGUUGUGCUUUACCUUGGAAUUCUGAAUCUGCUGUCAAUCCUAAAUUUGCCACAUAGUGGCUCAAUUAGUCGCAAAGGGAAUGCUGCAGGUGCCAUAACACAUUGAGAUUCUUAACAGUGCAUUCACAUGAAUACUGUAGCAUUGGCCUGAAGCAGACCUGCUGUGUUGGUGAAACUGUAGCUUGAUCCAGAGCCAAUACUGAAGUUAACUGAGGCAUUCUGUGGAGUAGUGACAUCCACUCUGCUUCAAAGUCAUUUUUGAUCUCCCUCGCUGCCUUACAUUAUGUUAUUGAUGCAGUGACAACCUCCUUCACAUCUGGCUUCAACUUGCACUGUUAAAGCUUCUUGUAACCAAUCAAUAGCUCCUCUAGCUCAAGACAAUUCAAUAAACUAUGUUUGAUGGAUGGUA